AUGCCAAAACGCCCAAUAACCUCCUACUUCACCGCGGCCCCUUCAAAGAAGCCCAAGCUCUCACUCCACUCUGACUUACCACCAAGCACCCACCCCACCUACCCAUUCCCAAUCGCCUGUCUCCCGCCCUCGCUCUCAUUAUCGUCCACCAAGCCACCAGACAAAUCUCCCAACGAAGAAAAAGGGGAAGCCGCGGGAGCCGUAAACGGCGGAACCGGCGCCCAAGAAGCUUCAGAACCCGUAACUGACAAAACCGACACUCAAGAAAUCCCCCCAACACCCAUAACCAACAAACAAGACCUCUCCAUCCUCCACUACCACCCCUUCCUGCACGCACUCCUCGCAAAGGAGCUCUUCCUCUUCCUCCGCAAGGAGCUCCCCUUCUACAGAGUCGAAUACAAGAUCAACAGAGCCGGCGUGGAAACCAACGUCAAGACACCCCGAUAG